UAUGUUUAUGUUAUUAAAGGCAUAAUAAAUAACAAAUACAUUAACCACUCAAUGAAUGGACAGUUAUCUCACUGUUUAUUAGCGAUGACUUUGAUAUAACAAACAGUGACUUUAAACACAAGUAAUGGCUUUAUUUGGUCACAAACGAUGUCAUGAUUAUCUUGUGGAUCACAUCCGGCAUUAAAUGAUCUCAAUUGAUCUCACAUGUGGUGAUGCAAUAGAUUUUUUUUGGUGAAGACAUGUCUCAAGCGAAUGGCAAUAAUGACCGUACAUUUGGCGGUGAAACAGAUUGUGAUAAAUAUAUACUUGUUGUUGAUGUCGGAACCACUAAUAUACGUGGCCACAUAUACGAUCAAAGAGCUCGUCUUAUUGGGGAAGCCGUGACAUCGGUUCAAUUAAUACACCCGCAUCUCGGCUAUGAAGAGAUUAGCGCACAGACUAUUUGGGAUGCAUUUCUUGAUGUUAUUAAACGGGCCAUCGAUUCGGCAAAGAUAAGUGUACACCAAGUUUUAUGCAUUGGUAUCUCAACAAUGAGGGGUACAUUCAUAACAUGGGAUAAGGAAACGGGCGAACCCUUCCAUAAUUUUAUCACUUGGAAAGACAUCCGAAGUAAUCAAUUAUGUGAUCAAUGGAAUGAAUCGCUGAGAAUGAAGUGCCUUAAGAUGGGAGCAAAGUUUAUCCAUUUCUUUACCCGAUCGAGUCGUUUUCUGGCCGCAUCACUGUUGAAGUUUACAACCGGAAUGGUUGUCAUGAGAUUGGUAUGGGUUUUGCAUAACAUUCCUGAAGUUAGACAUCAGGCCAUUGAGGGCAAAGCUCUUUACGGAACUAUCGACACAUACCUCAUAUGGAAGUUGACAUCUGGCAAAGUUCACGCCACUGAUCCAUCAAACGCUUGUGUCACAGGUUUUUAUGACCCAUUUCUCAUGAAAUGGGGUGAUUGGGCUCUCAAUAUGUUGAAUAUUCCGCCGUCGAUGUUACCACUUGUCAAAGAUACAAAUGGUGAUUAUGGUCGCACAAACUCACAAUUGUUUGGCGCUUCCAUUCCGAUUCGUGCAAUAGUUGGUGACCAACAGGCAGCCAUGUUUGGCGAGUGUUGCUUCAGAGAAGGUGAUUUCAAAUGCACGUUAGGCACCGGGACUUUCAUUAAUAUAAAUACCGGUGAAAAGCCGUGUGCGUCAUAUAAAGGACUUUAUCCAAUUGUUGGCUGGAAACUGAAAAAUGAAGAAAAGCCUAUUUAUCUUAUGGAGGGCGCCUCCUAUGAUACCGGUACGGCUAUUAAAUGGGCACACAAUAUUGGAUUAUUUGAUGAUCUUAAAAAGACCAGCGAUAUGGCUAAAAAUGUUUCCAAUGAUGAUCUUUAUUUUGUUCCGGCAUUUUCUGGACUUCAGGCGCCAAUCAAUGAUAACUUUGCCACUUCUGCUUUUAUUGGAAUUAACUCAACUACAUCAAAAGCACAAAUGAUAAGAAGUAUAUUAGAAUCGCUUUGUUUUCGUGUCAAACAAAUGUAUGAAAUAGUUUUGGAAGAACAGCCAGACUUAUUGGUGAAACAAUUUCGUAUUGAUGGCGGUGUAUCUGCAAAUGAUUUUGUAGUCCAAAUGAUCGCUGACUUGACCGGCAAAAAGGUUGAACGAGCCGUUCAUCAAGAGAUGUCCUCAUUAGGAGCUGCAUUUCUUGCGGGUCUUGCUGUUGGCUAUUGGACCAGCUCUAAGCACAUAUCAAGCCUCAGGGGAUCCGAUAAAGUUUUUAUACCGCAGAGGAAUACUUGGAAUAAUAGUAAUCGCAAUAAAUUUGAGUCAUGGGAACGGGCUAUUAAUAGAUGUCUUAAUUGGCAUCAAUAAUUAUGUUAUUGUUAUUCAGGUUGAUAUUAAUUUUAUUGUUUGUAUAAAAAAAUUAUUUUUAUUAAAUUUUAUUGUUAUACUACUAUAUACUACUGUAUCUAAUAUUAAAUUUUUAGAAUUUUUAUAAUAUAUUAUUUAUCAU